AUGCCUCAAUCAAAGACACCACCGCAUCCCCUCAUCCCUCUGAGUAUCGAGGAAUCUCACCGUGCACGAGACAUCGUCCUGGGCUCUCACAAAAGCUCAAUCAUUGAUUUCCGAGCCAUAUCUCUCGAGGAGCCACCAAAAGCAGAACUGCAGCCAUUCUUAGACCUAGAGAGUGAUGGAAAGCUGCAACCUAGCACACCAAGACCAGCCCGUCUGGCACGUGUGACUUACGAUGUUAUUGGGAGAGACAAGAUUGCCAAGUACUGCGAGUCGUUGAUCGAUAUUCAGAAGGGGACGAUUGUCAGCCAGAGUGUGGUGGAGAAGCCGGCUCAUGCUGCUUUGACUUGGAAAGAAUUUGACGAUGUGGCUGCUGCUGUGGCUGCGUCCUCUCUCUUCAAGGAAGAGAUUGCCAAAUUGAAUAUCCCAGAUAAAUACGAAGUCGUUGUCGAACCUUGGCCAUAUGGAGGACCCGACGAGGACGAGGAAUGGCGACGAACCUUUCAAGCCCUCUGCUUCGCCAACGAUACCACAAUCGGGAACGCAGACUCCAAUUUCUACGCCUAUCCAUUACCGCUAAUCCCAAUCAUGGAUGCUCGCACUCGCGAAAUUAUCCGCAUCGACCAUCUCGCCACAGGCGGCGAAGAAGACGGUCUCAACCACGGAACUUCAACGGGAAAUAUCAUGGAUCGUUACCAGCCAGCUGAAUACGUCCCUGAGCUUCUUCCUGGUGGCUUGAGGAAAGACUUGAAGCAGUUGAAUGUUGUGCAGCCGGAUGGACCGUCGUUUAAGGUCACGGAUGAAAGUUUGAUUGAAUGGCAAAAGUGGAGAUUCAGAGUGGGCUUUAAUUAUCGUGAGGGUGCAACACUUCAUGAUAUCAAAUAUGAUGGAAGAAGUGUUAUGUAUCGAUUGAGUGUCAGCGAGAUGACCGUUCCAUACGCUGAUCCUCGAGCUCCGUUCCAGCGGAAGCAAGCUUUUGACUUUGGAGAUGGGGGAGCAGGAAUCUGUGCCAAUAACCUUCAACUUGGAUGUGAUUGCUUGGGUCACAUCAAGUAUUUCGACACAGUCAAGACAGCCGGUGAUGGCACAAUAACCAUCAGCCCGAACGUCGUCUGUCUACACGAGCAAGAUAAUGGCAUCGCCUGGAAACAUUCCAAUUGGCGAACUGGCCGCGCCGUCGUUACAAGACACCGGGAACUUGUCAUCCAAUUCAUUAUCACCCUCGCCAACUACGAAUACAUCUUCGCCUACAAGUUCGACUAA